GUCACAUUGAUGCAUGAAAGUUAGCAGUAAUUAGUUGUUUUCCAUGAUCCUGAUUGUGGUUGAGUGUCUCAUUAGGUGUAACCAGCUAAAGUGUCAGUACAGCUCUUCUCUCAGUUAAAGUGUGUCUCCAGCCCGCCUGUUAGAUGGCCGCCCUUCUCCAUGUUCUGUCAUGGGACAGGUAAAUAAUUUAAAACGCCAGGUCGUAUCAGAUGUGGACUCCUCGCUCUCUCUCUUUUACUCACCCUUUCUCGUCCUAUAAUAGGCAUCAACAGAGACCUGAAAAUCCCCAUUAUAGACAUAAAGAGAGUGUGCCAUCACACACAGCAUAACUACAGUGUGAAAACUUUCACUAUCACAGAAACAGAAUGUCUGGUGCGAACAGUGACCUUCUACAUAGAUCAACCUUGAGUGUUUAUAAUAACCUCAUGGAUCAGUUUAAUCCUGGCUUGCAAAAGCUGGUUACUUUAGGAAACAGCUACAUCAAGGCAUUUCAAGCUUUGGCUCUGACAAGCGAGGCCUACUUCAGUGCUCUUGCUAAGAUGGGCGAGCAAGCACUCCACACGUUAUCAUCCAGAUCACUUGGUGACGUGUUGAUUCAGAUAUCAGAGACCCAGCGGAAGCUCACUGCUGAAGUGGAGGGUGUGUUCCAAUGGUUUCACAUAGAGGUUCUGCAGGCCAUGGACAAGAAUGUGAAGCUGGACGAGGAAUACAUCGAAGGCAGCCGUAGAGUUUAUGAAUUGGAAGUGAGAAAUCAGGCUGCAGCACUGGAGCGACAGCUGAGACGUGGUGUGUUCAGAGACUCACUGGAGGGCAGUGAGUACAUGCAGUACCUGAGGCAGAGCCAGCAUGAAAUUCUCAAAGAGGAAGAAAGGAGAUAUCGUUUCCUUGCUGAAAAACAUGGGGGACUUACACAGUCACUACUAUACCUUAUCAACAAGACGGGAGUAUCUCUCCAACAGAGAGCAGAUGGUUGGAAAGAAAAAGUCAGUGAGAGCAGAAGUUCCAGACCUCGAACACCCACUCCAUCAGAUCAAGAAGCUCAGUUAAAGAGCUCUCUGGGCUCUCUGCUGCAGACUGGAGACAGAGAAAUGGACCGUGAGCCGCUGGGCAGAGUGCCCUCUAGAGCUCCAUCUCCUCUCCCUAGCCGUUCCCGCUCCAGCUCUGUGGGCGAGUCUUUGGGUCUAGGUGGCGGGCGCUCAAUGAGGACCAUUGUGUCCCAUCCCGCUUCAUCCAAUCCAGUCCUGCUGCCAUUUGCCCGUGGUGACAUGGUGACUGUGCUUAUACAAGAACCACGCAAUGGUUGGCUGUACGGACGCCAUGACUCAAGCCUCCGUCAAGGCUGGUUUCCUGCUGCCUAUGUGGGAUCUACUGAAGACUUUCUACCUUUGGGCUCAAGUAGCACGUCGCACCGAAGCCACAGCAUGAACAACCUCCUGGAGCCGACCAGCCAAUCAGAAUAUUCAGACACCCAGGGCUACAGUGACAUCCCGUCUCCAGUGGUACCUAUGCGUCGUGCGUCGGCUGAUCUUCGUCCAGUUUCUCCCCUCCCUGAAAAGAAGGCGGAGUCUAACAACGAGGUCAAAAACAGUCAGAAAACCUACAAUGAGAUUCCGCUUCCAGCCGCACCGCUCCGCCGUGGAUCAGCUGAUAUUCGACCAAUAUCUCCCCUCCCUGACAGGAGGGCGGAGUCUCAUUUUGAGAGCAAAGUAGAGCAUAAAAAUUAUAAUGAACUCCCGCCUCCGGCUCCGCCCCUUCCAAACUCUCCUCUCCCUGAGCGAAAGACCGAAUCAACCUCUGAGUGUUUGCAGAGGCCAACCACUCAUGGACAACCACCAGAGCACCCACUUUUUCCCAGAGGAUCAAAUCCUUUUGCCACAGUGAAGCUCCGUCCCACAGUCACCAACGACAAAUCGGCACCAAGGAUCCACUGACAGUCAUUGCAAAACAUCGCCUGCACUCUGACUGGUUCAGAGUCUGCACUAAAUGUCUCAAUUUGUUGAUAAGUAUACAAUUUAAGUCAACUUCAAUAUUAGAAUGAAAAGAAACUUAAUUAAAUGGCACUUUGUAAACUAACUUAGUGUUUAAUUUGAAUGGCUAUUUCCAGCUGUAUAGCAUCAUUCAGAGCAUUAUUUAAAUUUUCUUUCAGCUAAGUCGGGUGACCUAAAUCUUUUAAAGGGGUUAUUUUAUGAUAAAUGGAAUUAGGCAUACUAUUAAAACAUUGUCCAAAAAGG